AUGAACCAAUUCGAGCUAUGCAGGGAACUGCGUGGACACCGCGAUGCUGUGCGAUGUUGUAUUUUUCUCGAUAACAACCCCAAUGGAUACUUUAUGGCUUCUGGAGGUCAAGACAACGCAAUCCUCCUGUGGAAAUUCACGGACUCCGAAACCUUUGCAUUUCCCGAGAAGAUAAUCCACCACAGUUGCUGGAUUACGUGUUUGUUAGCGUUACCAAACGGUUUCUUCGUUUCGGGCGGUUACGAUGGCAUCAUCCGCUUCUAUUCCCCAAAUGGAGAGAAUCUGGCGUUGCUCUCUGGACAUAGUGGAGGCAUUACUUCUCUCGCUCACGGCCCUAACGGAACGAUUCUAUCCGGCUCCUGGGAUGGUUCUGCGCGUAUGUGGGAUCUCAACUCGGCCAAAGAGAUCCAAAAAUUGACAGGAAUGGAAAACGCGGUCACAGCGAUCGCCCUCGACGAGAACACCGUCGUCACCACCUCCACCGGUAUGAAGGACGCCAUGAACGGCGUGUCUGGCUACGCUGUCCGCGUUUUCAAGCGCGGCGAGCAGGUCUCUAUCCAGCGCAGCCACUACGCGAGCGUCCGCUGCAGCGCGCCCUUCUUCCUCCAAGAUCGUCUCCCGUCGUCGAUCUCUCUGCCUGCCCCCGCGGACGGCUUCUUCACGGGCGGGAACGACGGGAAAGUGGUCUGUUAUCGCAGCGACGGCUCGGUCGUCUUCCGAUGCGACACCCCUCCGAACGUACCGAUGGCGGAAUUGUGUUCCGUGCAGGGAGAAGGGAAGUAUCCCUUCAUGAUGAAAGUCAAGUCGAUGGGAGGAGCCGACAUGAUGCAUGUCCGAUCUGUCUCCGUCAGCGAGAACGCGUAUAUGUAUUUCUGGGAAGGACCCAACUGCAUGCAGAUCGUCAAACACCCCGCGUCGCUCUGGGACGUCGAUGUCCGGCAUGUCAUCGAUCCCGCGGGGAACUCGCAUGUCUGGGCGAUCACGGCGUGCAGCGACGGAAUCCUGCGGUUAUUCUCGAGCAACCCGCGGGACUGGCUGCCGGAGGAGGCGCGUGUAGGGUCCGAUUUGAUUGGCUGA